AAACCUCCCGACCCUGCCGAACCUCGCGACACCGACCCUUUGGUUGCGACCUCCCUUGCGCUCACAGGGGAAAACAAACGAUUAAAUCCGGUAUCGCGUGCCACACAUCGCGUUGACGAGCAAACGAGAGAUCCAAAUAAGCCUCAUUUUGCGAAGCGACGCCUUUCUCCUGUCUUUGUGCAAGGUCCCCGCGUCCCCGAAUCUAGACCCAAACAUGGAUUAGGCAGAGGAGUUCCAACACAUCACCGCCCCGUCUCCUGGUCCCCCGACUUGGGCAUGACUUGGAACAAUCAACGAUAAACUAUACACAAACAAUACGCCAUGCGCUGGGUACCCUGACCUGCUGAGGAAGAAUGCGAAGGGGGAAACUCACAAUCAAAAAUAGUGUCUCUACCCCUCAGGAAAACCCACCCAAUAUAUCAGCAUCAGAUCGAGGCUGCAAACGACAUCUGUCGACUCACCUCUCGCAUAUCCGUCAUGGCGCGAACUACAGGACCAUCAUGCUGGACCAUGACUGUCCUGCUCGCUACCAUAUUGCAAUUCGUCUCCAUUAUUGCGGCACAGCAGACCGUCCUCAUCGAGGGAACGGACCGUCAUAAUGUCUCUCGAAAUCUUACCGUCGACCGAUACCCUUCUCUCUACACCGGUGACUUUGCUGACUGCUUGAACGGCGAGAGUCUGUUCAACAUCACCAAAUACGAUGCCGGUUACUAUGCAGACAACAUGACUGUUGUGUUCCACCUUGAUGGGACAACCAAUGUUCGACAAGAGAACCUGAUGUUGCACUUGUCCCUCUUUGCUUUUGGCGAGACCAUCUUUGAUGCGACGCUGGAUCCUUGCAAGCUCGAAAUUUCCAGCCUCUGUCCGUUGAAUGCGAAUAAUCCCGUCGAAGCAUGGACCGCAAUCGAAGUCACCGUUUCCGAGAUCGACAUCAUUCCCUCCAUUUCCCUGGACAUCCCCGAUUUCGAAGGUUCUGCGCGCCUGCAGGUCUUCGCAAACUCGAGUCAAACCGAAAUUGGCUGCUUCCAGGCCGUCUUAUCCAACGGCAACACCUUGUCGCACCCGUACGCCAUAUCCCCCGCUCUCGGCGGUCUUACUGCCCUUGCUAUUUUAUCUUCCUUUGCCGCCGCCGUCUACGGCGUCAGCAUCCCUCAUAUGCGGACUCACUACGCCCAUUCCUUCUCCGUCCUGGUCGUUCUUGAAACCUUCCAGACCAUCUAUUUCUCCGGCGCCUUGUCCGUCCACUGGCCAAGCCUGCUACCGGCUUGGUGGAGCAACUUCGCCUGGUCUGCUGGCCUGAUAUACAGCCAUGAGCUGGUCGAGUCUCUUCGGGGCUUCGCCGGCAUAUCUGGCAACGCCAGCCAGGUCGGCGGCGCAGGCUCCAACGUCAUCAACAACGAAGGGGGCCUCAUCCAUCAAAUCUACGGCCGCUCCCUCGACCUCGGCCCGGCCGCCGCCUCCCAGCCGUCUCGCCGCGCCCUGGCCUACAACGCCAGCGACCCAUACGAUUACACUUGGGGCGGGAGGCCAGUUGCCCCGGGCAUGCCGAUCCCGGGUACUUGGCCAGGCUUCCGGGGCACGCUGGCGGCCAUCCGCAUUCCCAUUGCUGGUGCAUUUACCGUCGGGUUGAUUUGGUGGCUCGUCGCACUGGCUCUGGUCGUCAUCUCCGUCACGGCCGCCAAGUUCUGCUUGGACCUGUUGAUCCGUCUCAAACUGGUAAACAAGGAUGGCUUUGCUUACUUUCGCACCCAUCUGCCGGGUUAUCUAGCGACGAGCGUCCUCCGCACUCUUCUCGUCGCCUCCUUCCCGCUGCUCACUCUAGCCCUGUUCCAGAUGAACCUUGAAAGGCCCACGGGACCCCUUGCCAUCGCUGCCGUGGUGUUUGCCCUCCUCUUGGUCGGCUUGGGCGGUCUCGUCGCUUACGCCUGCUACUUCCGCCUGCGCUUCAGCAAGUUCCAAAUGGGGACCGACACCAUCAUCCUUGAACAGGGCCGGCUUUUCAAGGUCCUUCCCUUUGUGGCCGCCACUCGCGCCAGCACUAUUGGCGAGAAAGAGUCCGCGACCAAGCGCUAUGGCUCGUUGCCUUUCUUGCGCAUUCACUUCGUCGACAACGAUCCCGACAGACCCAGACCCAGCGUGCACAAGGACGAAGCCUACGUCAAGCGGUUCGGCUGGCUUGCCGCCCACUACCGCCGCAAGCGAUGGUGGUUCUUUGCGCUCUGGUUCGCUUACCAGGUCGCCCGUGCCUGCUUCCUGGGCGGCGCGUCGCGCAGCCCUCUAGCCCAGGUCUACGGCCUUUUCAUCCUCGAGGUCCUCGCCUUUAUUGUCUUUGUCAACCUGAAGCCGUACGAAGGCCAGCGGAAUGCCGUCGUCGCCGUCUGGAUGCUGGGCAUGUCCAAGGUUGUCACCGCUGGUCUCUCCAUCGCCUUCCUGCCCGACUUUAACAACAGCCGCAUCCUCCUAACCGUGUUCGGCUUGAUCAUUGUCGUGGUCCAAGGCUUCAUGGUCCUAGCCGUCAUUGUGCUGGUGGUGCUCGGCAUGAUCUCGUCCUGGAUGUCCCUGCAUCGAAACCGCGAGACCUUCCGCCCCCAAGCCCUGGACAGCAUUCGAAUCAGCUACUACGAGCAUUUGCAGAACAAAGCCCCCGAUAUGCGUCCCCCCCCCCGAGAGGAAGCCAACGGCGCCGCGGAGCCGCGGUCGACGUUCACCGUGAACAGCGUCCGGCGCGCACCCAAGAUCGAGGAUGACGACGAUCCAGAGACUGACGUCUUCCCGAGCCUGAGCAACAACAACGUGCCCAUUCAGGACGUGCCGCCGGCCACGCGCCCGAGGAGCCGCACCAACAGCGUCAACUCGCGCUACUCAGUCGGUAGCCUGCCUCGCCGCGCCCGGACGCAGCGCGCGUCGUGGAGCUCCAGGGACUUUGCCGAGUGGGACGCGCAGUUCGAGCGGCCGGACUCGGCGAUGGGGGUGGGGACCGCGGGGACCGCGGGGACCGUGGGGACCAGCAUGCGGACCACGACCGCCCAGGGCCGACAGCGCAGCAGCUCCCUCCGGCAGAUCGCGCACCUCAACUCGCAUUCGUCGUUGCGCAUGCAGCAGCAACCCGAUAUACGUGAGCGGCCUGAGACGCCGAGUGCGCAGCGGCGGCCCAUGUCGCCGCCGAGAGAAGUUUCCGAGGACAAGUUGGAGCCGUUCCCCGCUCUGGAAAUCGUUCCGUCGCGGAGGGAUGAUGAAACGACUGGAAGGGAGAUGGAGGAUAAUGGCGUGUCCCCCGUCAAGGAGACGGAUGGAAAACAAUCCGGCAUGCCCCAGCCUGGAGAGAAGGAGGAGGAACAGGUCGCCGUGUCGGGAACAGCGAACGAGUCGACUAAGGACGAAACGGCCGACGUCACCCGGGGUGCUGCCCCGACGGAUGGGGAGUCAAAGCAGCAGCCCACUUCUGAAAAAGAAGCCGAGGCCGAGAAAACACCAUGAGCUGUUUUGUCCGCAUCGCGCACACGUCGCGCACAUGUCGCGCACAUUCUAUAUGUAUACCCCGGCAACACUCGAGUCUUACCAAAUACGCCAUCACAUACAUGCCUUCUCAUGUUCCUGCACUUGUCCCUCGGCUGGAAAGCGCUGUGUUCCAGUGCUGCCACCCGAUUCAUAUUUCUUUAAAAUAUUUUCUACGAGAGACUACUGUCCAUUCUCCUGAUUUUUUUUCCCCCCUUAUCUUCCGCAGCUACAUGAUAUCCGAGCAAUGAGGCGUUACAUGGCGCCCUUUGGACGAGGGGCUAGAAUCCUCACCUUUUGCUACGUCGAUGAUUUUCAACGACUAUUAUGGUGGGAUGCUGACCCCCUAAGGUAG